AUGGUAACUGGAGUACUGGAAGAUACGGCUUAUGCCGAAAGAUUAAAAAGACUGUUAAAGUUUAAGCUGGAGAAGAAAAAGCAGUCUGGGAAGAGGAUAGCAGUCUUUAGAUACAUGUAUAGCUCUGGAAUGAGAAAAGGAAUCAUUUGUACUUCACUCACGCUGUUUUGUGUCUUUCUGUUCAGCUUCCUUGUGUUUCUGAGGUACCAGAUUUAUUAUGGUUACCCUCUGCAGACAUACCUGGAAUAUCCCAUCAUCAUUGCACAAGAUGUCAUUCUCCUUUUGUUUAUUCUGCGUUUCAAUGGAAACAUGAAACGAGCUUUGUUCUAUGCAGUCACAUUUUGGGGGGGCUGGUACAUGCUAACACUGCGGAAGUGGAUAAUAGACCUGGCCAUGAAUUUGUGCACGCUCAUCAGUGCGGCCAGUAAGCUGGCUCAGCUGCGGUGUCUCUGGCAAACAAAAGAUUCCGGACAAGUGAGCGCCUUGACCUGGAGUAUGUCUGCAUACACCUGCGCAACAAGAAUAGUUACAACUGUAAUGACUACGAAUGAUCUCGCAGUUCUCAUCCGUUUCAUAACCAUGCUCAUUCUCAACAUUUGGGUCACAGCCACAAUCCUGCACUACAGGAAAACUAAAAAGACUGAUUAGAAGACACUCAUCAGCACACAACAUAGUUACCAUCAAAAAAACCUGAUACAAUUAAGCUUAAACAACACAACAAAGGUUGAGGAAGCACACUCUCUCUCUCUCUCUUAAGCUGAGUAUUUAUCCCUAAGCAUACUUAGUACAGUCAUGCUUAUUUUCUCUUAGAAAUAAUUCUGAUAAGAUAAUUAAUUUAAGCAGCAUAUUUUUAUUGGUCAUUUAAGACAAGUUUCACUGAUAUCACAUUUUCUCUGGAUUUUUUUACUACAUGAACAAGGUAUUUCGUAUUUAGAUGUUUAUAUAUUCUCGUAUCACUUCAGUACUUUCUGGUUACAUAUAAGCAAUUUUCUUCAAUUAUACAAGAGCAAUUUUGUACCAACAUAUCAACUCAUCUUUCUGCAUCUGCUGUGAGUUUGAAAAAUAACAACAGAUGUUUGUCUUCUUGCAAGCAACUGAAGUAGUUUGACAUUAACUAGCUGUAUUUUAGGAUGAAGAAAACCUGAGUCAAGGCCCAAUUCAAAAUAAGGUUCUAAAUGUGUUUUACUAUGUCACAAAUCCAGCUGGGAUUGUAGCGCUUACAUGCAACACUUAAAUAGUACAAUUUAUACAGCUGAUACAGGAUACCCACGGUCACUUUCUUCAAUAUACCCAGUUUUUAUUAGGAUAAGAGCAGAAACUCAACUAUGAAUUCUUCUUUUUCAACCUGAGCUCUCAUUCAUUGAACAUACUGUUUUGGGAACAGCAGAACAAGAACGUAUAGAAAUUAAUGAAACUUUGACCAGCAGAGUUAAAAACUGUGUUCAAGCAGAAGUGCCUGAACCGACACCCAGAGUCCCCAAAUGCAGUCCGUACUGACAGGGACCCGUUUACAUAUGCAGCCUGAUGCAUCAAAGCAGACUCACCUCCAGUGGUUUUCAGUUUCUGAUGAUACUGCUCUGUGCUUUGUUAGUUUUUAGCCUGUCUGUGCUAAGUGUGCUGAAGAACGUAAAGACUUCACUUCCAUUUUUACUCUGCAGAUUCUAAUCAAUUUGUCGUCAGUAUAUUAAAAAAGGGAAAAGGAUACUCUUGAGAACUGUUAACGGGGGAUUUUGCUUUUGGAAGUAAUGCCUUUCCAACCAAGAGGUACAGAAGUAAUCACACAGCUUGCCUUCAUUUCUCAUUACGUUCUCCAAAAUGGCAAGAUACGCCUGUUCAAAAGAGUUCUUACGGUAUUACUGUUGAUUGGCAUGUUAAAACCAAGGCACCCUUGAUCCUGACACCCGUAAAAACUAUGGGAAGACUGCAUUGACCACAUUUGAGGCAGGUUUUCCUUGCAA